ACCGGGACUUAGUCUCCGCGCGGUGAGCUGGACCGGCUCAAUCUGAGGCAGCUCCUUGGUGUGAAUACAACUCAAAUUAUAAAACUCUCAGCGGCCAAGUGGGGGGUGGGAAGCAUCUACAAAUAAAUCUCCUCAAAAAAAUGAGCCUCGAUCAUCUCUCCCAGGUCAACACGGAUUGUCGGCUGAACGACUCCCAUAAGUCCAGUAAAAGUGAAGAAAAACACAAACAUAAAGAGCACAAGCACAAGUCAAAGGAUCGGGAUAAGGAUCGUGAGAAACCGAAGCACAGCUCCUCCGGUUCCAAGAAUCAUAGCAACAGUGAGCACAAAGAUUCUUCGGAAAAGAAACACAAGGAUAAAGAAAGGGAAAAAGACAAAUUAAAGCACAGGGAUGGGAGCUCUGACAAACACAAACAUAAGGACAAAGACAAGGAGAAAAGAAAGGAAGAAAAGGACAAGAUCCACACCUCAAGUAGCGGUUCUGGAGACAAAGUAAAGAAGGAGAAUGGUUUCACAAGCCCUCCUCGUAUAAAACAGGAGCCAGAUGAUGAUUAUGUCCCAUCCAUUAAGGUGGAAAAUAAACCAAUGAAGAGAGUCCGUGAAGAUGAUGACGCUGAUUUUAAACCCAAGAAGAUCAAAACAGAAGAUGCAAAGAAAGCCAAAAAGCGAAAACCUGAAGUGGAAUCAAAGAACAAAAAGUCCAAAGUUAAAGAGGAAAGUGAUGGCCAAGGAAAAAAGAAGAAGAAAAAGGAGGAAGAGGAUAAAUGGAAAUGGUGGGAAGAAGAACGCUAUACAGAUGGUGUGAAAUGGAAAUUUUUGGAACACAAGGGUCCAGUGUUUGCUCCGCCAUACAUUCCACUCCCAGAUAAUGUUAAGUUCUAUUACGAUGGAAAUCCUAUGAAGCUGAGCCCUCAGUGUGAAGAGGUUGCAACGUUCUUUGCUAAAAUGCUUGAUCAUGAGUACACUACGAAAGAUAUCUUUAGGAAAAACUUUUUCAAGGACUGGCGAAAGGAAAUGAAACCGGAAGAGAAGGCAGUAAUAACAGAUCUCAACAAAUGCAACUUUGAAGAAAUGAGCCAAUAUUUCAAGGCACAGUCAGAGGCUCGAAAGCAGAUGUCCAAAGAAGAGAAGCAGAAAUUAAAAGAAGAAAAUGAGAAGCUUGUACAGGAAUUUGGAUAUUGUAUAAUGGACAACCACAAAGAGAGGAUUGCAAACUUCAGAAUUGAGCCACCAGGGCUCUUCCGUGGCCGUGGGAACCACCCAAAGAUGGGCAUGCUGAAGAGAAGGAUCAGGCCUCAGGACAUCAUCAUCAACUGUAGUAAGGACUCAAAGAUCCCACAACCACCUCCAGGCCAAAAAUGGAAAGAGGUCCGACAUGACAACAAAGUGACUUGGCUGGUCUCGUGGACAGAGAACAUUCAGGGCUCCAUCAAAUACAUCAUGCUGAACCCCAGCUCCAGAAUUAAGGGUGAAAAGGAUUGGCAGAAAUAUGAGACUGCUCGGACAUUGAAGAAACACGUUGACAAGAUACGUGCACAGUACAGGGAAGACUGGAAGUCAAAGGAGAUGAAAAUCCGACAGCGUGCUGUUGCACUUUACUUUAUUGACAAGCUAGCUCUGAGAGCUGGUAAUGAGAAGGAAGAAGGGGAGACUGCAGACACAGUAGGUUGUUGCUCUCUCCGAGUGGAACACAUAAACCUGCAUGCUGAGCUUGAUGGUCAGGAAUACGUGGUUGAAUUUGAUUUCUUGGGUAAAGAUUCCAUUCGAUAUUACAACAAAGUGCCAGUGGAAAAAAGGGUGUUCAAGAAUCUUCAAUUAUUUAUGGAGAACAAGCAACCUGAAGAUGACCUUUUUGACCGUCUCAAUACUUCAAUCCUCAACAAACAUCUACAGGAGCUAAUGGACGGACUUACCGCUAAAGUAUUCCGUACCUACAAUGCUUCUAUCACUCUGCAGCAGCAACUGAAGGAACUGACCAACCCGGAUGAAAAUGUUGCAGCAAAAAUACUCUCUUACAAUCGUGCCAACCGAGCAGUCGCUAUCCUUUGUAACCAUCAGAGGGCACCCCCAAAGACAUUUGAGAAGUCGAUGCAAAACCUACAGACCAAAAUUGAUGCAAAAAAAGAUCAAAUUGGCCUAGCCAGGAGAGAGCUGAAGAGUGCUAAAGCUGACUAUAAAGUCAGAAAAGAUGAAAAGUGUCGAAAAUCUGUGGAAAGUAAGAAGAAAGCUCUCCAGAGACUUGAAGAACAGUUGAUGAAAUUGGAAGUUCAAGCUACUGACCGAGAAGAAAAUAAACAGAUAGCCCUUGGGACUUCCAAACUCAACUACCUGGAUCCUAGGAUAAGCAUUGCUUGGUGUAAAAAGUGGGGCAUCCCAGUGGAGAAGAUCUACAACAAAACCCAGCGUGAGAAGUUUGCCUGGGCCAUUGAUAUGGCAGAUGAAGACUUUGAAUUUUAACCAUUGACGUGGCUGAAGCUGAGUGAAACGCAGUCUAAGCCACCUCCGAGCUGGAGGAGAUACGUUUUUAUGUAACAAGGAAAAAGGAGAACUCUGUGGUUCCGUAGCUACUGUUUUAAGAGGAAGAAAAGCAAAGCAAAUAUAUAUAUAUAUUCGCACUGAUUAGAUUGGUGCAUUUAUACUGUUAGAACCUUGCAAUAACUUUUUUUUUAAAUUGAGAACUACAGUCCUGUUUUAAAAAAAAUCAAAAGUGCACCUGCUUUAAAACUGGUCACUGCUGAGCUCUGGGGAAGAAUCAGUGACUGUUCAGCCUGAUCUGGAGACUGAAUGCUUACUAUCCUGUGGUUUGUUUUUUCUUUUUUAUCUCUUAAAACAUUUGUCCCGACUGCCCUAACCGACUAACUACAACUUGAACCCUGGCAUUCAUUAGAUAUGGUUAACUGCAAAACUAUUAACGUGAGUGAUUUUAGAUUUUACCAGAAGGAUGAUUUUAUAUCAAUGUGUUUUUUAAGAAUGUUGCAGUGGUGGAGCCAGGAGCAUUUGGGGUGGUGGGUUAGCAUCUGAUUGUCUGGCAUAAUCUAUAACAAUUGUCCUUUGAGCAGAGCAGCCCCAUGCUUCCUCCCACCCCCCCCCCCCCCCCAUCUCUAGGAUUGUAGAUCUUGUGCUGCUCUUGGGGCCAAAGAUAAAAUAGUUCUGUGAGCAGGACACUCAGCUGGGGUACCAAGCUUGGCCUGUCAAAAGGCCUAUGCAGGGAACAGUCAAAGCUGGACAAGUAUGUAACUCAUUCUCUUUCACCCCCACCCCCAGCUGUUUUGAACAACCUCAAGAAAGGUUUGCCAUUGUAGCUAUGGCCUGCCUCUCCACUAACCUGCUCCGCCACUGAAAUUACGCUUUGCUGCCUUUUCCUCCCCCACCAUGAAUUGGUAAUAUAUUUUUUUAAUGGAUGUAUUGCAGCCUGCUUCAGUUUCAUAUACUGUAAUGUUUUUAAAACAAAAUCCUUUUUUUUAAAUGUUUGGGAAAGAUUGCCCAUUUGCAGGUGAAACUGAGUUAACUCGAAUCCAAAGGGGAUUUGAGUCUCCUUCAGCAGUCCUGUGAGAAACCCAUUAGAAUAAAUUUUGGGUUGUUCUGACCCAGAAGAAUGGCUAAACUUUAAAGACCUGAUGAAUUUAUGGGGUCAGGUCAUCUAGUUCAUACUCCAUGACCAAUGCUUUGUGAGCCACGUGUUUGAACAGUCAUGGUCUUUCAGUCUCUGAUUGUUGCUCUGGGAAUUUUUAAACAUGAUUUCUUUUAAGGGCGAAGGGGAGAAAUGAGAGGUUCCUGAGGAUUUAGUAAGUCAAAAGAAAUAGUGAAAUGUUGACACUUCCAGUUUUAAAGUUUGUAGCAAGUAAAUGGACCAUCAAGAAAUAUUGGCAGGGAGGGUGGGGGGAAUGGAAAGAACGGAAAUAACUCCCCCCACCCCACCCCAGAGCAACAUUUAAAAACUGUGAAACUAAUAAUAUGUGGUAAGUGUUCCGCUGCAUUCCCCAUGUGAGCAGUCCAAGCAAUUUGUCUGAGCUUUUGGUAAGCAGUGACCUUUUAGAUCUGGUGUGUGCUUGUGUUUCUUAACCCUUUUUUUAAAAAAAAGGUUUCCUUAUCUGUGACUGAGAUGAAAUCCUUUUUAGACAGAGUUAUUGGAUAGUGACUAACACCCAACAGCAACUACAAGCCAAUUGAGGCUUGCUUAGCUGUAAGCUGUAUGUUUAGUUUUUUUUGGACUUUUGUCAAUGGGGAAGUAUCUACAGCUCGAGGUUUAAUUUACUACGAUUGUAAUUAAUUUUAAAAGUGUGCUGUUAAUUAGUACUUUCUUCCUCGUGCAUUUUAAAGGCUCCUUGCACUCCAUCAAGUAAUUAUUUAGGUUGCCUGAAUAAUUAUUUCCAGAUAUUUUGAACCAUUUUGAGAAAAGGACAUCUUAAGAGGCCUUUAUUGCUGUGAAUAUGUAUUUUGUUGUAUUUAUAAAAUUUAAAAAAAACAUUUCAGCUUGACUUGGGGGAAACAGAAGUAGACAAGUUAACUCGUUCAGAGGCCCUGUCACCAAAGAGUAAGGGGACUUGAUUUAAAUGUGUCCACUGGUUUAAGUUGAAUUUUUUUUUUCUUUUUUUAACUGUGAAUGGUUUUCCUUUUGUUUUUAUGAGACAUGCAACUUUUUAAUGCUUCAACUCAGGUUAGAGAGUGCGCGAGCGAGUGAGAAAGGGUACCAGAAUGAACUUGCCUACAAUUCCAGUAUUUGUGACUUUUUCCAUUUUAAAAACUGCAUCAUCUUAGCCUAACUGGACAGCUGACCCUGGAAACCUGAAACACAAGUGUCACCAUUAUUUAUUUUUUUCUCUCUGGAUUCUAGAUGCUGUGCCGCUUGCUAUAAUUAGGAGGGGUUUGUAUAUGGUGCUGCUUGUUCAGUUAAGAGAGAAACAAAUGGAACAAACAUCUCUCCUGAUUUAAACCCCACCCCCAUUCCCCCCCCCCCCAAUACACACAAACAACACACACACACCCUUCCCACACUACCUGAACCAAACAUUCGCUGUCCAUUUGGCCACCCAGCUCACUUGAUGUUGUUGUCUUUGGCAGGAGUUCAUCCCCACCUAGUGCUUUCAGUCACUUCCUGACAUCCAUGGGAUAGACUGUAUUGCCCAGGCCUUGAGUCAAUAAUAUUGGAUUAUGACAGAUCUCAGAGUUGAUUGAAAAUCAACUUUUGACGUGUCCAUUGUUAAGCACACUCUUUUCACAGCCUCUUAGGUAAUUGGUGUGCUUUGUUUUAGAUGGCGGAGAGAUUGGGGAGUAGUAGUACGGAUUUAUGUUGUCAUUUCAAGAGGAUAGAGUGCAGAACAAAUGUCACACCGUUAGGCAAUACAAAGCACAGGGUGUUUCCACCACAUCCCACCACUGCAUUAUCUAUCCAGAAUUCUAGAUGAUGAUUAUAUGUAGAAUGGAUUUGAAAUGGGUAGAACUUGCCUGAUUAUGGGAAACUUAAAGAGUGGCCACAGAACCAGCAUAGUGAUUUGGAUGCUUCCCCUGUUUGCACCCAACUCAAAUCCACCCUGAAUUUCUAACUAUCAAGAGUCUCUUGUAAAGUAAGUUUGGGGCAGACUGCAGUGGCUCCUUAGUCAGUAUACAUCCACAGGUACCAAACAGCUAAUUCAACACCUGAGGUAUCCCGGCUCUCAGGUCCAGAGAUGGAGUGGGGAAGGGGAUGGCUAGUAAGGGGAUUUAUCUUUUUGGGUUUGGGAUAAAGCCGUGCAUUUUGUUAGAGAAUUGUAGAAAAAAGCUUUUGUUUGCAUCUUAGCUUUUGCUAUAUGUAAACUGACAAUACUUGAAGCUGACACUGAAUGAGAAAGUGUUAAUUGCUCAGGACCAGCACUGAAUAAACAUACUGUAAGGAACCUUCUCAAAUGGUGGGAAAUGAGUGUAGCUUGCUGAUGCACACCAUUAUUCUGUUUUAAAGCCAACUGUUUGGUUAUCCUAUAACCUAGAGUUUGUUAAAACUAGAUAGUGAAAUUGCAGCUUGGGUGGGGGGUGGGGGUGAGGGUCUAGAUCUUUUUUUCUCACCUUGCCCUACACAUCCACUCUUCACAUUUAACAAAUGGGGACCUUGGCUGCAAGUGUUGCAUGUCUUUCUGCUUUGCACAUGACCCUGUUUUGUGUGUCAUUGGAUGGGGGUGGAAACUUAAUCCAAUGUAUGCACUAAGUCUUCUGCUUAAAAUGUUAACCAUUAGCGUGCCAUUGGGACUCCAGAUGAUGAGAGAUGAGCAGCACCAACAUUUAAAUCUGAGUGAUCCACAGUGUUGCACAAAUUGUUCUUUUGCCUGUCACCUCCUCACUGUGGAUAGGGAAUUGAAUCCGGUGUGUAUAAUCAACAGCUGGCAGAGCCAAUGGAGCUGUUGAAGAGCAUCCAUAAUGUUAGGACAACCUCUGUUUACAAAAUAAAUGAAUCUGCAUUGGGCAAGUGCCACUAUUUCACCGACCUCCAAGACCCCUUCCCUACUGCCCUGGCUGAAGAUCUGGAGCUCAGGGUGGUAAUCCAAUGGAACUCUGUGUGUUAGCAUGUCAUACUCUGACCUAUCCUCCACUUGCUUCAAUUUUAAAUUCUUUUGAACACUUUCCGUUAUAACCAUUAUUUCGCUACCCCUUUGUUCUUCCUUCACCCCAACCACCACCCCUCACCCCAAAUCUCUUAGGUAGGAAAAAGGUUGUUAUAAAAUGCACUCAUUAUAGGAGAUGAAAUAUUUUUUACAAUUUAAUGUUGGGAGGGUGGGUGGGAGAUGAGUUGCCGCUUAGAUCUUACCUGAAAGGUUGUUGAGCCAUAUAUGAAUUGAGCUGCUUGGUUUUAAAAUGCAAGCUUUUUAAAUUUAUAAUUUAAACUGGAGUUCUUUUAGCAUUUACACAGUAUGCCACUGUGUUCGUGAUUUUGUUUGGGCACCAAUUUUAGCAUGUUCCUGUGCUUCAGCUAUCCAGUUAGGUUUUCCUCUUCCCUGUCUAUGAAUCAUUGUUGAACUGUUGUAGCACAUUUAUCAUGUACUUGUGAAACUGGCCAACAUAUAUAUAAAUAUAUAUUAAAAGAUGCUUAUUCAGUCUGAAUUGUAAUGAGGAAAUUUUACAUUUUUCUUUUUUCCUCUUGCCUAAAAUUCUCUUUAGUUUGUGCUUUAACCGAUGAGCUAGUAUUCACAGACUGAUGUGUACCAGGUUUUUUUUACAGAUUAUUUCUGUAAAUUUAACAUACUGCGAUGAACUGUGCUCAUUUGUAUUUUUAAAUAAACACAUUGUACACUA